AUCUUUCAAGAGAUUUGGGGAGCUUCAGUCAAACGCAGCCGACCACGCGUAGUUGUUUCUGAAUUUUGGGACUUCUCGACAUCUGAAUCGGCUUUCGCCCACGCUCGUUUGGAUUCUUUCGCCGUCAUUCUUCGGCGUAUUUGUAGGAAUUUGAUCUGAAUCCUUCCCCCGAGGCACCCCAAAUUUAUCGAAUUAGGGUUUCUACCGUCAAGAUCGAAACCCUGGUUCCAUCUGUUACUCCUCCGUUGAUCGAUUGGGCGCUAUUUAUUGGCGAUUGAUAGGUUGAUUUUGGACUUCAAUUUCUCGGUUUGGUUUGGUUUGGUUGCGAUCAGCUUUGGGAUUAAUUGUCGCAGGGGUGCCUUGAAAUUGGGGGGGGUUUUAUUUAAUUCUAAAUAUUUUGUAGAUUGAUAUUUAUGCAAUCGUGUCUGACUGGAAGAUGAAGCAAUCUAGGAAGAAGAAGAGACCGAGGCCUUCUGGGAAGGGGAAUGCCAAUGCUGCAAAUGGUAAAGAUCAGAAGGUUUUGAAGAAUGUGGUGGAGACGUUUGCAGAAAUUUCUAUGGAGGAUACAAAUAAGGCUGUGGGAAUCCUUCCCGGCACUAGUUUAGCAUACGAGGAUCAGAGCAUCAGGAAUUUUGAUGUGGGUUCAACCUCGAGCUCUAAUGGGGGUUAUACUUCUUAUGAGGUGGGUUCAAGCUCGAGCUCUAAUGCAUCUAUGACGCUUGGUGUUGCCAAUGAUCUCCUUCGAGAUGGGAUGAACCAGAAGAGUAGACCCAAGGUUAAGAAAGUUGUUGCCUCAGCAGGGUGUGUAUCGGUGGUUUUGGGGAAGGAUUAUGUGAGGUCUGCAUCUAAGGGUUCAAGUAAAUCUAAGGUGUUUCAUGAGCAGAAGUGGAUGGAAGAAGCAGAGGAGUUCCUUUGCUCGGUGCUCGGAGAUGACUGUGAAUUAGGCAUGGCUGUUGUUAGUGAUGUUCUAUGUCAAUGCGGAUACAAUGUAAACAAGGCUUUGGAUAUAUUGCUCAAAUUGUCAGCUUCCACUAAAGAACAAGCUAGCAGCUAUUGCAAGUCUAUCAUCAAGGAAGAUAUGCAGCAUUGCCUUCAAUUCAAUAACAAUCUAACUGAUGGAACAUCUGACUCGACUUCCCAUUCAUCCGAUAGUGAACCUCCAGAAAAUGUAUGGUUUUCUGGUCCUUUAGGCAGCAAUCUUUUCCAAUCUAAUCAAUCUCUCCGAUCAAAGAAGACAAGAACCUCCAAGUCAGAGCUUCCUCAGAAUUUGUUGGAAUCUUUGUUUAGUAUGCCCACACCCAAAAGUGUUGAACAUGAACCCAACACCAUGACUUGGAGAAAUGUAGUUAAGAAGAUGACAUCACUUGGUCCAAUGUCUGAACCUGCCAACAAUGCAUAUUUCCCACCAAUUCAUGCUAAAGAAGACGAAUAUCUAAUGCAUAGAGAAGCUGCACAGCAGCACUGGGCUUCAAUGAAAUCUUAUUAUCAGAGGGCUGCCACAGCAUUUGCAAAUGGAGAGAAGGAACAUGCAUCUUACCUUUCUAAGCAGGGAAAGUUACAAAAUAAAUUGGCUCAAGAGGCAGAUCAAAGAGCAAGCCAGGACAUAUUUGCCGCUAGAAACAAGAGCAUAAAUAAUAUGAUCACAAUUGAUCUGCAUGGGCAGCAUGUUAAACAAGCAAUGAAGCUUUUGAAGCUCCACCUUCUCUUCGGAGCAUAUGUCCGCUCUGUGCGGUCAUUUAGGGUUAUCACCGGAUGUGGGAGCCAUGGUCUCGGCAAGUCAAAGUUGAAAAACUCGGUGAUUGAUCUUCUAAAGAGGGAAGGCAUCUCUUGGUCUGAAGAGAAUCAAGGAACCCUGCUCAUAAAGCUCGAGGGACAGACGGAUUUUAGCUUCCUAGAUUCAGGCAGCGACAGCGAUGAUGAUUAACAGUGUCUGUUGCGAAAUUCAUAUGCUAAUGUAGUUUCGAAAAAUAAUAUAUCUAUCUAUAUCUCUAUAUAUAUAUAUAUGUAUGUGUUUGUGUGCGUCUGGUUAGGCUGUUUGCUGCCUGUAAAAUUAUUUGUCAUGAUGUCCUGUCCUUGUGUCCAGAUUCUCAUUGUUGUUGUGUUGUGGUCUGAUCCUGAUCCUGAUCCUCUGACUGAUAGUAGAUUAUUAUUUAUAA